AUGCAUAUAUUUGCAUGGGUGCACGCCGAGGUGUGUAUAUCGUUCUACGCAGAAGAAAGUGCAGGGAGGUGGUGUAUUAGGGAGGCACAUAGCCAAAUAUACACACACGGAAGUGCGGAGUACGGGAAAAAAAGGAGGAGGCGUAGCCGAAAGCACACGAUGAAGCAGGGGGAUGAGAAAAAUAAAGAUGGGAGUAACGGUCGUGCCUCACCCGACACAGCACACUACACUGUUGUCUCCCUUGAUAGCAUUGAGCAUCACUAUGUAGAGGUGUUGAAGGAACUUGCUAUGGAGCCGCAACUUGAGCCGUUUAAAGAUGAGUAUGAAAAGAUCCAUCGUCUUCUGCGAAAGAGCAACGACGGCGAAAAGCGAUUGUUGGCAAAGAUCAAGGAAUUGCAAAUGGACCUUGAGGUGCAUGGCACCAAAGUGGAGGCCGCGUUGAAACUAUCGCAGGAGGAUGAGGAAGUCAUUGCAACAUUGCGUAAAGAGAUUGAAAAGGCGUGGUCUCUUGCCGAUAGUGCUCACGCACGUGAAAAGGAGGGUCGCGAACACAUCCAACAGUUGCGCAAACAAGUGGCAGAGCUGGAUGCUCUUGUUGAAAAAAGCACGCGGAACACUGUGAGUCAGGCGGCAUACCUGCGUGAGCUCAUUCUUGCUAAGAAGCAGCUUGAGGGCGAGCGUGCAGUCGCGCAUUCAAAAGUUUCCCAACUUUUAGAUGAACGUGAGGCGAUGCGAAGCAAUUUUGAAAGGGUGCAACAUGACAAUGAGAUGGCCCGACAACAGCUUGAGGCCAGUUUAUCCAGCUAUCAAACACUUCUUGACAGCCUUUCCGAUGUCCAACGGGUGCGUGAGGGCCUUGAGCAGCAGGUGCGAGAGUGUCGUGCGACGUCUGACCGGCAAAUGGUGGAGGCGGAGGAGCGGAAGGCCGCUGCAGAGGGGCUUUCUGCCGAGGAAAGUCAUUUGAAGGUUCUUGCUGCAGAGGAGCGUGAUGCCGUGGCGCGCAUGGCGAAGCAGCUGGAGGAACAGCAGCGUCGGUUCAAGACGGAGGCGGAUCGACUGGCCGUUGCAGAGGCGCAGAAUGCGGAGGUCAAAUCAGAGAUCCCCAAACUCAAGGCCACACUGAAGGAACGACAGUCGGAAGUCGUGCGCCUUGCCAAUGCGCUGCGGAAGGUGCGAAAGAGUGCAGAGGAGCAGCAGGUGAAUAUGCGGAGGGUGGUUCAGACACGAGAGGACCUUGUUCAGAAAACGGAGAAGCUUCAUAACUCCAUUGAAGAGCAGCUGCUUGUGCUGGAGGCGGAGGAAAAGGAGUUGCACUUGCAGGAGCUGCGACUCAAGAAAACCAUCCCGGAGAAGACAGAGCUGAUUGUGAAUAACUCUCGCACGGAGAAUGAGCGUGUGGCGAUGGAGGGAAACAAGGUGGAGGAAGAAGGGAAACGGCACAACUUGGCCCUACAACUAGACCAGCUCUUAUGCGAAAACGAGCUGCUUCGCAAGACCGUCUUUGAGCUGGAGCAAAGUCACGCAAAGAUACUCGAUCAUGGUCAGCAUAUGGCGCUGCAAUACCACCAAACAGUUGAGCAGACAAGAAAAUACUGCGAUAAAGCGCGUCUACUGGAACAGCAACUCACUGAUAAUGAGAAACGACAUAAAGUGCAGCAGGAUUUGCUUGACCGCGUCUCGGCAGACCGAGCACGUACUGAAAAGCAACUUAAAGAGAGCGAGAUGGAGUGGUCUAUGCUUAGGCAGCGGUAUGUAACCAACGAUGAGGAAAUUCAGUUACUUAAGAUGCAGCUUGUCGCAAAGGAGGGAGCACUUUGCCGUCUCCAUAUGGUCCGUCGGCAACUACAGCGGGACAUUUCCAACGCCGAGCAGCGGGCAAGUCAUUUGAAGGAUGAUGUCCUUAACGCCCACUCACGUCGUGAAGCACUGGAGAACGAGGCGCACCAACUUACUCAUCUCAUUUCAGAGUGUGAUGCGGAGAAAAGCAAGUACCAAUCCAAAUUUGCGGCUCUUGUCAAUGAACGGAAUGUCCUUGCCACGCAGUUGAUCCGCCGCAAUGAAGAACUUAGGCUUCUUUACAGUAAGAUUCGUCUUCAAGAAAGCGCUAUUGAAAAGGGCGCUAGUGAAUACGAUCGGCAAGUGCGGAAUAUCGUAGCUACCCGUGAUGGACUUGCUGAGCUGCGGCUGCGAUGUCGUCUUGCUCUUGUACGUCUUCGCUAUUCCGAGAAACUGCGGAGCCGGAAGCAGAGUAUUGAGCAAGAACUGUUUACUGAACAGCAACGGUGCCGAGCGCUUGUAGACGAGCUCCAACGUCCAGUUCAUGUCCAUCGUUGGCGGCGACUGGAAGGUGAUGCCCCGGAGGUGCUUGAUGGCAUCUACAAGGCACAGGCUCUUGAGCGACAGAUUUUAAAGAAGCACGACAUGCUUGCUGAGAAAACACAGCUGCUGGCGAAGCGCACGGCGGAGUAUGAUGCUAUUCGGCGGAAGCUUGCCUCUUUGCCGGGCCCGGAAUUGGCUGAAGAUUUGAGCCUCUACAAAGAAAAUUUAGAGCGGCGUGAAGAACAGAUCGAAGGGAUGAACGCAGAGCUUCAAGAAGUUGAGCAGCAUGCCGACGUGCUCAAGGAGGAGGUAAGGCAGCUUUCAUUGGAAUUAGGUGAUGCGAAAAGGCGUUACUUUGGCGCAAAACACAAGAACGAUCUUUUGCGUCGUGAACAGGCCGUGUUUCGUUCAACAUGGGGGGAAUCUUCGGCAAUUGCAAAUAUCGCUCUUGCAGCGGCCUCUGCCCAUCAGCAAAAACAACGACUUGCCGGAAGUGGUGGUGGCGGCAGUGGCAAAGACAGUAGCAACCAGCAGGGUGUAUGGCUAGAGCGUCCUGUUGGAGCACGACGCCCUUGUUUGUGGCACACGCGAACACAAAUGCGUAGGGAACGCAUGUUGCAGGAAGCGCGCCUCGUUCAGGCGCUUUCCUCCGGUGCACCCGCCCCCAACUACCCACUGCAGUUCCGUCCACAACAACGGCAGUUUGUUGGUGGAGGUUUUGCGCUUACGCGGUGA